GGAGUUGCCGGGCUACUAGCGGGUUUACGGGCGCACGUAGCUCAGGCCUCGAGCUCUCAGGCUGGGACUGGGCAAGCCACCCGGGAGGCGGGGCCCACGUCCCCCGCCCCAGCCCCCGCCUUUUCUAUAAAUGGAGCCUGCCUCGUCCCCCUGCGCUCUCUGGUCCUCCCGUUCGUCAGAUAGCCGCUUCUUCUAGUGCAGCACCAGGUGCAAACACGCAAAAACCGCAUCCCCGAGGCACCAUGGUGAAAGUGAAGGUCGGAAUAAACGGUUUUGGUCGUAUUGGGCGCCUGGUCACCAGGGCUGCUUUUAACUCUGGCAAAGUGGAUAUUGUCGCCAUCAAUGACCCCUUCAUUGACCUCAACUACAUGGUCUACAUGUUCCAGUAUGAUUCCACCCAUGGCAAAUUCCAUGGCACAGUCAAGGCUGAGAACGGGAAGGUUGUCAUCAAUGGAAAUCCCAUAACCAUCUUCCAGGAGCGAGAUCCCACCAAAAUCAAAUGGGGUGAGGCAGGCGCAGAGUAUGUUGUGGAGUCCACUGGUGUCUUCACCACCAUGGAGAAGGCUGGGGCUCACCUACAGGGGGGUGCCAAAAGGGUCGUCAUCUCUGCCCCUUCUGCUGAUGCCCCCAUGUUUGUGAUGGGUGUGAACCAUGAGAAGUACGAAAACAGCCUCUGCAUUGUCAGCAAUGCCUCCUGCACCACCAACUGCUUAGCCCCCUUGGCUAAGGUCAUCCAUGACAACUUCGGCAUUGUGGAGGGACUCAUGACCACAGUCCAUGCCAUCACUGCCACCCAGAAGACUGUGGAUGGCCCCUCUGGGAAGUUGUGGCGUGAUGGCCGCGGGGCUCUCCAGAACAUCAUCCCUGCCUCAACUGGUGCAGCCAAGGCUGUGGGCAAGGUCAUCCCUGAGCUGAAUGGGAAGCUUACUGGCAUGGCCUUCCGGGUACCCACUGCCAACGUGUCGGUCGUGGAUCUCACCUGCCGUCUAGAGAAGGCUGCCAAAUACGAUGAUAUCAAGAAGGUAGUGAAGCAGGCAGCAGAGGGCCCCCUCAAGGGCAUCCUGGGUUACACUGAACACCAGGUCGUCUCCUCUGACUUCAACGGUGACACCCAUUCUUCCACCUUUGAUGCUGCAGCUGGCAUUGCUCUCAACGACCACUUUGUCAAACUCAUUGCCUGGUAUGAUAAUGAAUUUGGCUACAGCAACAGGGUGGUGGAUCUUAUGGCCCACAUGGCCUCCAAGGAGUAAGAACCCCCAGACCACAAGCCCCAGCCAGAGCACGAGAGGAAGAGAAAGGCCCCUAGCUGCUGGGGUGCCCCUGCCUACUCAGUCCCCCACCUCACUGAGAAUCUCCCCUCGACAGUUUCCACACCAGACCCCCUCAAGAACAAGAGGGGCCUAAGGAGCCCCACCUUGUCAUGUAACAUCAAUAAAGUUCCCUG